UCUCUCUCUCUCUCUCUCUCUCUCUCUCUCUCUCUCACGCUUCCUCUACAAGAUUAAUUAGUGACAAGUCUUUAUCAUUUUGCAAGAUAGGGUUUUCAAUUUUCUUUAACCUUUUAAUCAUUUUUCAACUCUUAACUAUGACCAGGUGCAUAAUCUACUGUAAUUAGUGCAGCCCAUCAUCAAUAAUUUGCAGUUUGAGGUUUGAUUCAUAUUUAUUCUUGAUUAUUUGCUUAAUUAUUGUGGUUUUGAGCUGAAAGAUUAGUGCUUGUUAAGUGUUUGAAUUAAUGCAUGAACGAAUGGAGCGUUUUGAUCAGAAAAAAGUUCAUGCAUUUGGUUCUCCAAAACCCCCAAUUCAAUUGAAUCCUAUGCCUAUUAAUCAAAUUAAUCAAAUGGGUUUUCCUGAAAAUCACAAAAGUUCUGGUUUUGGUAUUCCACCUUCAUACCCUAACCCUAAUACCAGUUUAUCACCUAAACCAUCAUCUCCUUAUCCCCAAUUUAUGCCUCCACAAUCUCAAACUCAUUCCAGGUCUUUGUCACAACCUACUUUUUUAUCUCUUGAUUCCUUUUCUUUGCCACCAUUGAGUCCUUCCCCUUCCCCUUCCCCUUAUCAUUUAAGUUCUAACCCCUUUUCGGAAUCGGGUUCGAAAGAUGUUUCUAUGGAGGAUGGCUUGGGUUUUGGUGCCCAUCAUGUACCUUCGCCUAACCGCGGUCAUGCUGUUCAACAUGGUCAUUGUCUUCCGCCUCGUAAAGGGCAUAGGCGGUCUAGCAGUGAUUCUCCUUUAGGGAUAUCAGAAUUUGUUAACUCUGAGCCUCAGCUGGUGACACCUCAGCUGGUGAGUGUCAGUGAUCGUCGGAAUUUGGUGUCUGGAGGAGAGAAACCUGGUUAUGAGAAGCCGAUUCAGUUGGUGUUGAAGGAUAGGGACUGUGUUGAUGGGUUUAGAGGAGAGAGUUUCGAUGGGAGGAAAGAGAAUGUUGGAGCUGAAAUGGAUGAUUUGUUUAGUGCUUACAUGAAUUUGGAGAAUAUGCACAAUAUGAGUUUUUCGGGUAUGGAAGAUAGCAGAACCAGUGGUUCGAAGACGGUUGAAAGCAGUGAUAAUGAAGCUGAGAGUCGUGUAAAUGUGAAAGGAAUAGGUGCUAAGGGUGCGAGUUCAAGCUGUUCGGAUGAGAGAAGGGAAGGAGUCAAGAGGAGUUCUAAUGGAGAUAUUGCUCCCAGUGGUCGACAUAGGAGAAGUUACUCAUUGGAUAGUUCCAUUGAAAAUUUUAAUAUUGAAGAUCAUAAGCUUCCUCCUUUACAAGGUCGACCUGGUCAACACUCGCCUAGCAAUUCAAUGGAUGGUAGUAAAACACCAGAAAUCAGCAUGGAGUUUGGAAAUGGUGAAUUCAGCUCACAGGAGAUGAAGAAAAUAAUGGAAAAUGAUAAACUUGCUGAAAUUGCUGCGGCUGAUCCCAAGCGUGCAAAGAGGAUUUUGGCUAAUCGUCAAUCAGCUGCUCGCUCAAAGGAGCGGAAGAUGAAAUACAUUUCUGAAUUGGAGCAGAAGGUCCAAACUCUUCAGACCGAAACUACUACAUUGUCUACUCAGUUUACGAAAUUACAGAUGGAUCAUCAAGAGGCUAAAAGUGAGAAUAAAGAGUACAAAUUGAGGCUUCAAUCCUUGGAACAACAGUCCCAACUGAAAGAUGCUUUGAAUGAGACUUUGAAUGCUGAAGUCCGGCGCUUAAGACGCACUGUAGCAGAUCUAGGCGGAGAGUCUACCCUCUCAGGUCUCAUGGUUCGACAGCUUGCUAUUAACCAACAGAUGUUCCAGCCGCAGCAUCAGCAGCCAAACCAGCUUAGAAAUUUCCAGCCGCAAAACAGCGUAUCUCAGGAAGAAACACAGACUCAGUCGCAGCAGCAUAUUCAACGCAAUCAUGAAUUCCAAUCGAAGCAUCAGAAUGGCAAAACCACUGCCUAAUGUUUGCUCUUGAUUCAAGUUCUUGACUAAAUAUAUUCUUUGAAUUGGAGCUGGUGGCUUAUAAUCAGUUGUAUGUAUAUAAGCAGUGAACUACAUACAUCAGUUUGCCUAUAUAGGGCUGUUCAUUAUCUUUAGACUUUAGUUAAAAAAAUAAUUCGUUCUAAAUACUUCAUUCUCCCAUGUGUCCUGGGAAGGAUUUUUUUCAUGUUAGUCUACCUUUUGGUCAUUGGUCAUAUUAUGAACACAACCUCGGUGUUGUCAUACUGAAGUUUUAAACAUUUUUAAGUAUUGGUCCAUGGUGUACCAUUUAUGAAGGUGUUGUCAUAUUAGAAUUUGACAUAAAA